AUGUUAUUUUUCAUUUUGCAGAGACUAUCCAUGUAGAACUGACAUUAUAACCCACAUAAGAAUCCCUUCAUGAGAAUAUUUCUUACUAAUGUCACAAUGACAAGACAUCAAAUUUGGCCAAAAUCUCAAUCUGAUUGUGGUUUGCAGAUGUUUAUUUUGAAAGGUGACUGCUGCAGUAGUGUCACUACAGGGCAGUCUGCAUUCCUGACAGUCAGUAACUAGGAGGUGUUGGACUCUCGCUGUUAUGCUGUCACGCCCCGGCCUGCUAUGCACCUUUCAUACCUCCGAUCCUCUCAAACUCGACACACCCAACAAUAAAAAUCUCCGUCUCUUCCAUUGUGACGUCUGUCCUGUCAGUGCAAUAAAUGGGAUGUCACUUAAACGUCCAAAAAGGCUCACAGUUGGUUUUAUUGAUGUUCAGCUGAGUGUUUUUUAUUUUUUAUUAAAUAUAGUUUCCACUAACUGAAUGAAAGCAUCUGGUACUUUUAUUGCCUCCCGAAGUGCAAAGUCUGUUUCCUGUGAUAAAAUAUUUAAGUGUCAGCAGCUCUCUGCUCCUGCGGGGUCAAACUUUGAGAGGUCCCACACCAGCUCGGAAAUCGAGCACCAAUAGUAAACCCUGUUAAACUGCAUUUCAAAGUUAAAUUUCACACCAUUUUUCAACACGCAUUUACCUCCUAUAACACAGGCUAAACUUUUCAGACACUCCACCCAGCUGCCAUUCAUUUCCAGCCAUCAAGCAGAAACUAUUUAUUUUAGGUGAAGAUGGAGCGACAAGCAUCUUGAGUGACGAGAACAAGAAGAUACUUUUUCUUUUCCAGAUUUUUUCUUUUUUUUUUCCUUGCAGAAGCCACUCCCUUGGGUGGACUUAUGAGGUUAAAAGCAGAAGGAAUGACUGGGGUGUGACAGACAGGCAGGUACUCAGGCCUGAAUGACAGAGAGGUGAUUACAUUUUCAGAGAGAGUCACUGAACCACCUGUGCAGGAGAAACUCCAACAUGAGUCGGUAUUCCACACAAGUCAAAAGCAGCAGUCCCAGCGUGGCCAUUGAGGAGAGCAAGAAGAAGAGCACCCUUCUCAAAGACAAUAGCUGGAUCCGAAAACCCGAAGAGGAAGAUGAACCUGUCGAUCGGGACCCAAACUUUGGCAGAAGUGUGCUGGGAAGAUACAAACCCAAUGAAACUACGGCCAGCUCAGAACAGGAGGACGUUAAAACCACCAAACCUGUGAAAACAUCAUCGUCUGUGCUCGCUCUGACAAAAAGAUUCAGUUCUCCUCAAGAUACCCAAACCAGCCCAACCUCCACCACCAAGUCUACAUCCACCUACACCAAGAGAUAUUCAAGUGUGAAACCAGAAGCUACAAGCAGCACAUCACCAGUCAAAGAGGAGACAAAAACAAGCACUAAAACCUCUACGGUCACCAAAGAUGACGGUUCCACAAAGACAACCACCACCACCACCACCACCAUCAGCUCCACCCAGAGCGUGAAAUCUCCUGUCACCAAAUCCCCCCCCAAGACUGACACCUUCUCUGAACGCGUCAAGUCUUCAAGCAAAGGGGCCCAGUACUCGCCAUACUCCCCCACCAAAACAACAGUCGUGGCUGAGAAACCUCUCAGCAGCACCAAAGAAGCUGAGGACAAGCUUUAUGACACGCUCAUCCCCUCGUCUGUCAGGAGUGACCCUCCAGCCACAGACAGCAAAACAACCUUGACCUCAACCAGAACUGUGACAGUGAAGAGCACCACCGACGGAAAGCCUGAAGAUGAACUGUAUGACACUCUUCUUCCUAAGUCUAUAACAUCCGGCUCAUCCUCACCUGUCAAAUCGAGUGUGACAAAAACUAGUGUUGUCACCGUGGAGAGCAGCCAAGAGAACAAAGAUGCUGAAGACAAACUCUAUGAUUCGCUCCUUCCCAAGGCUAUCAGAGGUGAUGUCACUGACAGCAAAACCACUGUGGAAAGUACAAAGACUGACACAGAGGACAGCAUCCCUAAUGGAGGUUACACUAAAACUACAAUCACAAAAAAGAUCUCAACCUCCUCCACGCCUGAAGAUGACCUGUACAACACCCUCCUGCCCAAAUCCAUCACCUCUGAUUCCUCUUCUCCUGUCAGAUCGAGCGUCACAAAGAAGGACAGCAUCAACGGAGGAGAAAGCCCAACAUUGACUUCACCUUCUUUUUCACGCACCAACAGCGACACUUAUAGUAGAUCCUACUCCUAUUCCAAACCGGACUCCAGUUAUGAGUACACCAGCAUCACCAGCCCUUCUACAUACACCUCAACAUCAUUUAAGAGGUCUGAUGACCAGUUGUACUCAAAGACUUCCAGGACGAGUGUGUACGGAUCCUCUGAAAGGCCGGUGCUGGAGAAAGACCUGUGCACUCACUGCCGCAAGCCCUUCACCGGAGACGCCAAGAUGGUUCUGGAUGACAUGAAGAUCAACUGCCACGCUACCUGCUUUAAAUGUGACGUCUGCAACUGCUCUCUGGGACACAUGAAAGCUGGAGACAACAUGUGGAUCUACAAACGUAUGAUUCACUGUGAGAACUGCUUUGAGAGCACCAGAGUGAAAUGGAGAUGCUGAGGCACCACAGAGACAAUGCACGCCAUCUCAUCAGCAUGGGUGACAUGGGUUCUUAGACUCCUCUUCAUUAGGAUUUUAUCUCAAUUUGUGGUUACAUUUAUAAUAUGAUCAUACUGUGUUACUCAAAUUUAAAAUAUUGUGCUAUUGGAUUGGUUAAGGUAUUCCUGUCUUUGCAUGUACUUCAGUACAGAAUAUCAGCUCCUCUACGGUCUUAUGUAAGCUUUUUAAUGGGGACCUAAUAUGAUAUAAUACAUGGAAAUAUUGAGGGCCGGGGGAUGUUUCAUUGUGCAAUUAAGGAAAUGUAAUUUCUUUGUUAAAAAUAAAAAUAAAAAUUGUCCAAAUUUCA